AUGCCCUAUCAUGGUGAAUUUCAGAGUCUCUUGGAUUGGAUUGAAAGGCUUAACACUGCUGCGGAGGAUAAUGCAAUAGUUACAAGAAUCUUCAAGGAAAAUCUUGCCCUUGUUUUACGGUAUUCUGUGAUUUUUCUGCAAAUGAUUACUCUUCAGACAAAUUCAGAGAUCUUAGUGGAAUGUCCUCCUGACCUUCUUGUGCGUACGCUCAAGAAACAUUGCGAAAUGAUACAAAUUCUCAAUAUCUUCAACACUUCAAUCAAACUAAUCUCACUCACUCAACUCAUUAUGAGUACAAUAUUUUUCCUAGAAAUUAUCUUCAUGGCACAAAUGGAGGUAUUUGAUAUUGUCGUGCUGUACUUGUUCAUCAUUCUACUCUUCCAGCUGGGAAUGCUCUGCAUUUUCGGUGAGAUCAUUCAGUCGGAAGGAGAGAAAAUUUUUCAAAAUUUGUACUUUACAAAUUGGUACGACAUGAAUGUACGAGAUCAGAAAAUUAUUCUAAUAAUGAUGAUGAAUUCUUGCAAAUCAAUUGGCCUUAGAGCGGCAGGAAUGUAUCCUAUUACACUCUUCUCUUUCGUUCAGGUAUAAAAAAGCGCCUUUUCCUUUCUGCAGUAUCAUUUAUAA